AUGGCCGACACAAUAGCGGAGCAAGUCGUGCAGGCCGCUCAGGGCGCGUACGCCGCGCUACCGAAGCACGGCAAGCCGAUAGUGCGCGACAACGGCGUGGCGGAGUGGACGAUCCUCGCGGCCAUUGUCCUCGUGCGACCCGACAGAGAACCACAUCUCGUCUCCCUCGGCACUGGGGUCAAGGUCCUCCCGGCGGCAAGACUGCCACCACUGGGGGACACGGUCCACGACUGCCAUGCCGAGGUGCUUGCGCGCCGUGGAUUCCUCCGCUGGCUGGUGGCCGAGGCGGUGCGGGUCCAACGGGGAGAGGCGAGCGAGUGGCUCGUGUGGAGGGAAGACAAGUUUGGGCUGGCUCCGGGUGUCGAGGUGUUCCUGUACGUCUCGGCCCUUCCUUGUGGCGAUGCGUCAACAUUGCAUACGGCUGCCCAUCAGCCCGCAGACGCCGCCGAGGCGUUCAAGAACGAGGCAGCGCGUCGUGCUGCUUCUGAGCAGGACACCCCGCCUGUGCCGACAGAGGUGGUGCGCGGGCGGAACGGGUACGAGAACUAUGGCGCGAUCCGAACCAAGCCCGGCCGGCCCGACUCGCCGCCCUCAAUCUCGUUCAGCUGCUCGGACAAGAUUGCGACUUGGACAGUGUUGGGGUUGCAAGGCGCGCUGCUGGCGCGGCUGUUCGAGCCGGUCUACCUCGACCACAUUGUCAUCGGCGGUGUUGAGGUGCCCGAGGGGCAGAGAGAAGAUGAGUGGCACGCAACUGUGGUCGCCGAGGCUGAGCGAGCGCUGUGGCGCCGUGUCGAGGGCAUCGGUGCCUUGCCACCACCGUAUCGCCUCACACAACCCCGUCUCCACCUCACGCCGCGCCGCUUCGCUCUUUCCCGCGAAGCCGCGCUCGCCUCCGGCGCGUCCGACCCCAGCACGUCGACCGUGUCCCUCUCGCACGUCCCGGUGCUGGGCAAGCCCGAGGUCAUCAUCAACGGGUGCGCGCAGGGGUCGGGUUGGAAGGCGCCUGGGAAGGUGCUGCUCAAGGACAAGCAGCGGUCGAGGGUGUGUAAGAUGGAGGUGCUGCGGGCGUUCGUGGGAUUGAGCGCCGAAGCUGAGCUCGCCGACGAGACGUACUUUAGCCUCAAGCACGCCAACACCGCCUACCAGGAAGCCAAGGCGGCGCUGCGUGGUGUACCUGCUGAGCGGCUCAAUGCCGACUGGGCAAAGCGGCUACCACACGAGUUUGAGGUCACAUCGGCGGCCUCUGGUGCCACCGCCCCGCCGUUCACAGGCUGGAUCCCGACGGGGCCGCGGUACGAGUCGUUCACGAGCCGAGGGGUGUUGGCGGCUCUGUAGUAGUGGCCUCGCUGCUGCCGGCCGGUCACAUAGCCCACGGGCCGAGGGACAUUGCAGCGUCGGUGGUAACCCUCGCUGCGCCCCUCCCCGCUGCUUCGCCCU